GUACAUUUGAAUUGUUGGCGCUGAAAUCCCGUUUUGCGUUGUAGUAAAUGGUUGGACGGUAUUAUUUUGUUAUUUGUGGGCCUCAUGAUGAGGCAUUAUUUGAUUUAGAUUAUAAUUCACCAGGAAAAUCAACGGGAGAAAAGGCAGAUGACUGUCUUCAUCUAAACCAAUUUAUUGCACAUGCUGCAUUAGAUAUGGUUGAUGAUCACCUGUGGUCCAAAGCGGAUACAUAUUUAAAGGUCGUAGACAAGUUCAAUGAUUGGCUGGUUUCUGCCUUCAUAACCCCUGGAAGACUUCGCUUUAUUUUACUUCAUGAUGAGUCGAAUGAGAAUCGCAUAAAGUACUUUUUUCAAGAUACUUAUGAAGCCUACAUCAAAGUGAGAAUAUAAUUUUUCAAACUUUCAAUUUCCGUUUAGUUGGCACUAAAUCCAUUCUUUAAACGUGACAAGCCAAUAACCUCAUCCAGCUUCUCAAAACGAGUCCAACGGAUUGCAAAUAAACAUUUUGGUUGAUAUGAUUGAUAAUUUUUCUGCUCAUUCUAAAUAAAUUUUCAAUGAAUAAAUAAAUAAACGAAUGAAAUUGGCACAAGCUCAAAUUGUGUGGCGCAUAUAUAUUUGCUGCCCCCUCGUACCAAUAUUUAUGUAUUCAAAUAAAUAAAACAAAUGGAGCAAAGCAGAAUACUCCUUUUAAAAUCAAAACAGAUCUGAUCAAGUUAAUGUCAUGUAAUUUCGGUCUGGGUGAUUUUGUUGAAGCUACCCGUGUUUACGCUAGUGGGUGUGAAAAAUGUGGUGUUUGCAAUUUAGAAGAGAAAGAUAUGUAAAUUUUAGGUUCUAAUGGUUCAUAC